UGCUGUUGUUUAUGGUUUGAACUUGAUUUUUUCUUCUUUUUUCUUUGAUUUUUACCAACAACAACAACAACAAUAUUAUCGAUCAAACGAAUUUAUUUCUUCAUUAUUUCAUUUUUUUUUAUCGAAAUCCAAACAACAACAACAACAACGAAAAUGUCUUGGAACAAUAAUAAUCGUCAUCAUUAUAAUAAUAAUCCAUAUUAUAAUAAUCAAUAUCCACAACAACAACAACAACAACAGCAACAAUUUAAUCAAUAUAACCUUCCACAUUAUCCAUCGUAUCCACAGAAUCAACCAUAUAUGCCUAACCAAGAAUGGUUACGUUCCGUAUUUGAUAAAGUUGAUAAAGAUAGAAGUGGUCAAAUAUCAGCUAAUGAAUUACAAGGUGCAUUAAGCAAUGGAACAUGGAAACCAUUCAAUCCUGAAACCGUUCGAUUGAUGAUUGCAAUGUUUGAUAAAGAUAAAACUGGUUCAAUUAAUUUCGAAGAAUUUUCUCAUCUAUGGCGUUAUGUAACCGAUUGGCUUAACUGUUUUCGAUCAUUUGAUCGUGAUAAUUCUGGCAAUAUUGAUCCAUCCGAAUUACGACAAGCAUUGACAACAUUUGGCUAUCGUUUUACCGAUAGUUUUCUACAAAUUCUAAUGAAACGUUAUGAUCGUGAAGGUAAAGUGGCCAAUGACUAACUUUUGAACUUCGUUUGUGUAAAAAAACCCCUGAAAAAUGAAUUAGAAAAUCAUCACAUCCAUAUAUUGUUCAGUCAUCUUUUUUUUCCCACCACUUGAAACUAAUCCAGUAGCAAUCCCCCAUUUGUAUAAUUUCUAUGUUUUUUUUCGUCAUUUUGUUUCAUAUACUGCUUGUCAUUCGAUGAUUCUGUAUAUCCUCCUCUAUGCUAUGCAUGUUUUACCCUUUUUUUGCAUGAAUUUUUUGACUAAAAAUUUUUUAUUCAUUCCAUUUGUUUUUCCUUUUAU